UCAAUAUUCCCACCCAUCAGAUGACUCCGGGGUCUACAGAGAAAUGACAGAAGCCGACUAGACUUGGUUUGGAAGUUUUGCUUGGAGGUCUAGAUCAUGGCCGGACCAACAUCUUUUCUUCUUCUGUUCCUUUUGCAGGGCUGUCUGACAGAACACGUUUUUCUUGACAGCCCGCUGGCCUCAGAAGUUUUGGUUCGUGGCAGACGAGCCAAUCAGCUGUUUGAAGAGAUGAAACCAGGGAACCUAGAGAGAGAGUGUAUGGAGGAAAUGUGUGAUCACGAAGAGGCCAGAGAGGUGUUCGAACAGCCGGACAAAACACAAAACUUUUGGCUGAAAUAUCAGGACUGCAAAGGAACAACACUGGAACGGACCACGAGCAACAUCAUCAUGAUCAGAGAUUGUAUAGAAGGUCAGUGUAUUUCUGGCAAAGGACUCAACUAUGAGGGAGACAUCCACAUCACUAAAUCAGGGAGACUCUGUCAGAGUUGGAGUCAGGGCUUUCCACAUCCCAUAAUAAAAGAGUUCAACGCUUCAGACCCGGGCAGCAACCUCAAGGAGAACUUCUGUCGAAACCCAGACAGCCAAGCAGAAGGACCCUGGUGUUUCACUCAGGACCCGGCCGUCCAGAAAGAGACUUGCAGAGUUCCGAUAUGUGGGGAACACUUUGUUCCAAGCACUGCGGCCCCUGCACCAAAAAGGGAUGUGAGUGAGUGUUUAACUGACAAUGGAGUUGACUACGUUGGCGACCUGGCAGUCACCCUGCGGGGCCACACCUGCUUGCCGUGGUCAAUGCCGGAAGUCAAGAUGCUGAGCAAGGACAAGGAGUUCUUACCAGAAGUCAGUCUGCAGGGAAACACAUGUCGUAACCCGGACAACGACCCAGAGGGCCCGUGGUGCUAUGUGCGGCAGUUUGGGAACGUGACAGUAGAUUACUGCGACCUACAGAUGUGUGAGGACCAGCUGCUUGGGGGAGACUCAGCCAUUGAGUCUGAUGGCCGUGAGCGCUCCGUACUGGCACCUGCCAGGAAGGCCUUCUUCAACCCUCGCUCCUUUGGACAAGGAGAGACUGAGUGUGGAGAGCGGCCCCAGUUUGAAAAGCUUAAAAAGGCGGACAGCAACGAGAAGGAGCUGCUGGAGUCGUACAGAGCUCAGCGCAUUGUUGGGGGCAACGAUGCUGAGGUGGCCUCUGCGCCAUGGCAGGUGAUGCUGUACAAACGGAGCCCGCAAGAGUUGCUGUGCGGCGCCAGUUUAAUCAGCGAUCAGUGGAUCCUCACAGCCGCUCACUGUAUCCUCUACCCGCCCUGGAACAAGAACUUCACCACCAAUGACAUCAUCGUGCGCUUAGGGAAACACAACAGGGCUAAGUUUGAACGCAACAUUGAGAAGAUUGUGGCAAUUGACAAAAUCAUUGUCCACCCAAAGUACAACUGGAGGGAGAAUCUGAACCGAGACAUCGCGCUGCUCCACUUGAGGCGGCCAAUUGUCUUCACAGACCAGAUCCACCCAGUCUGCCUCCCCAACAAGAAGGUGGCUAAGCUACUGAUGAAUGCAGGGUUUAAAGGUCGAGUGACUGGCUGGGGAAACCUAAGGGAAGUCUGGGGCCCGUCUGCCAGAGCUUUACCCGUAGUCCUUCAGCAGAUCCACCUGCCCAUCGCAGAUCAGAGCACUUGCAGAAGCUCCACAUCCAUUAGGAUCACUGACAACAUGUUCUGCGCUGGUUAUAAACCCGACGACCCCGAGCGAGGUGAUGCUUGUGAGGGAGACAGUGGUGGACCCUUUGUGAUGAAGCAUCCAGAAGAGAACCGCUGGUACCAGAUUGGCAUUGUGUCAUGGGGUGAGGGUUGCGACCGCGAUGGGAAGUACGGCUUCUUCACACACGUUUUCAGGAUGAGCAGGUGGAUGAGGAAAGUCAUUGAAAACUCUGAUGAUGACGAGUAGACCGUAAUGGAAAUGUACAUUAAUAAAGUUUGUUUGAUUCACAAAUGA